AUGCAAAGACAGAUUGUUCUUUAUAGCAAGGCUGAGGCCUCAUUAAAUUUUGGAUCAAAACCAAUCAUCAGAAGUCCAUAUGAAAUUCCCAUCUCAUUCCCUGAUAGAACACAUUUCAGAUUAUGCCCUAGAAUGAAAAUUACAGGUUGGGAAGUUUCAAAGUUUUGCCAUGGGUUCCGUGCUAUGAAGAAAAUCAGAGUGGCUGAUGAAAAUCAGGGAGAAUUGUCUGAUGAAGACGAUGAUCUUUGUCCAGUUGAAUGUGUUAGAGAGUUUUAUACUGAUGAGGAAUUCUUCAAAAUUCUUGAUACAGCCAAAGAAAGGAAUUCUUUAGUUGUUGUAGAUUUUUAUCGCACUUCGUGUGGAAGUUGUAAGUACAUAGAGCAAGGGUUUUCAAAGUUAUGCAAGAGGGCUGGUGAAGUAUCUUAUUUAAUUUCCAUCCGCAGUUGUUAAACUUUCUUUUUGCAGCUCAAUACAUAAUUCUAAAGGAAUUUGCUGCAGGUAAUUGAUGAGUAUGAUGAACAAUCCGAGGUUGCAGACCGGCUUAGAAUUAAGACGGUGCCCCUCUUCCAUUUCUAUAGAGAUGGUGUCCUUCUGGAAGCAUUUCCGACUAGAGACAAGGAGAGGAUCAUUGCGGCAAUUCGUAAAUACACAUCUCCUCCAACAUCUGAAUUGAUUUGAACUAAUGCAGUUUUGCAUGUCUACAGACUUGAAUUUGUGAAUUUACAGUGA